ACUAUUUUGGUGRUUUUUCGAUCUCUUUGGAAAAAUUUGACGAAAUAAUCAAGUUUCUCCUCAAAAACAGUUUUUUUAAUUUCCAAAAAAUCACUAUAUUCUUAUAACACUUUUCAAUAAAUCACCAGAUCUGAUGAAAUUUUGCCACACCUGGCAACACCGCUCGUAUGACCGGUCAUAUGACCCAUAACCAAACUUGUUUUGCCAUAGAUUCAACGCGUUUUUAAACCAAGAACGCGAACGCAAAGUCAUAAUGUUGAAAGAGGGGAGCAACAACAGAUGGAGCUACUUUACCCAUUGUGCCGCUUUGUGCGUCUUGGUCUCAGUGGGGAUAUGCAACGCCCCCCUCCUCCACGACUACACCGUCCUCUACAAAGGAAGUCUGGAUGAAACAACGUUGGCGUGCAUUGUCGGGGGAAUCCUCCAUUUGUUCUUCUGGAUUGUCAUUUGGCUAUUUUUGACCAUAAAACAAACCUGGAUCUUUAAAUUGAGAGUUACAGUCGGGAGAGCAACAGUGCGUCAAGCUCGCUCCCUGAAACUCGUAACCGACAUCGAUUUAAUGUCUUCAAGAGUGGAGGAUCUAUCCCAACAGCCCCUCUUGAUCGUGGGCAAUGGUCGUACUUACAACAUCGCUGAGACUUCCCCCAAGAAGGCCAUAAUGAGCGUCAUCCAGAAGGCCACCAUGAGCAAAAAGGCCUCCAAUGGCUCAGUCUCGAACCAGGAGGACGACGAGGAGCAGAUUUAUUGGCUUCGGCCGGCGCUAGUGACCCCCCAAUCGUCCCCCGACGAGGCCAAACAGUUGUGUUGGUUCAAGAACAAGUCGAAACAUAAAGUCACUUUCAACGAAACAACUAGUACGUCUGUUAAUCGUAGUAAAAAUGGUGGAGUACGAGGACGACGAUUGACGACGAUGGAUGAGGAUGACGGGGAUUAUGCCACGCUGAGGGAGCUUCCGCUUCCGCAGCCGAUUCGAAGGCCGGAAAAUCGCGAAGAUACGGUUAGUGAGGAGGGAAAGCUUCUGGCUUGCGUGCAAGAUGAACAUGUAACAUACGCUAGUAAUAAUCAAGAUCUAAUACCUCCUGUAGAUUAUGAGGAUCCGAGUCCUUUACUAACACCAGAACCAUUAUACGCACAAAAAACACCCGCAUCUGUCAUUGUUCAUAGUCAUGAGACACAGGUAGGUGGCUGGCAGGCGCAUUUCACUCAUUUCUGAGAAAUUCGAAUCUAAAUCUAAGCAAAGAUGUUUUUAUUUUUGACUCUAGAAUCUGAUUUUUUCACAUUCGAAUCUAAGGGCUAGUUUCAUAAUCGAACUAAAGGGACUUUAAAGUUAAAGUUGGUUUAGAAUGUGCUGAUUACUACGGAUAUUUUAACAAAAUUUCACAUUCUAUACUAACUUCACUUUAAAGUCUCUUUAAUUUGUAUAUGAAACUGACCCUAAAUGUAAGCAAAUUUGUGUUUAUUUUUGACUUUAGAA